AUGACAAGAAAGAUGGGUUCUUGUGCUUGUGGUGGUGGUGCUGCUCAUUUUAGCAGAAACAGAGUUUUGGCUCUGGUUUUUUGCUUGUGGAGUUUGGUUUCACUAUCUUGCGCUGCUAGAUUGAGCGUGUCAAGAGAGAAACUUGAGGUUCAAAAACACUUGAACCGUUUGAACAAGCCAGCUGUUAAAAGCAUUGAGAGUCCAGAUGGGGAUACAAUUGACUGUGUUCACAUGUCUCAUCAGCCAGCUUUUGAUCACCCCUACCUCAAAGACCACAAGAUUCAGAUGAGACCUAGUUACCAUCCAGAAGGGCGGGUCUUUGAUGAUAACAAGGCGUCUACAGAAUCCAAAGGCACAACAAACCCUAUUACUCAGUUGUGGCAUGUGAAUGGUAAAUGCCCUGAAGGUACUAUACCCAUUAGAAGAACGAAGAAGGAUGACGUUUUAAGAGCUAGCUCUGUGAAAAGAUAUGGCAAGAAGAAGCACAGAGCCAUCCCUCAGCCCAGGUCUGCAGAUCCUGAUCUCAUCAAUGAAAGUGGUCACCAGCAUGCAAUAGCUUAUGUGGAAGGGGAUAAGUAUUAUGGAGCGAAAGCAACCAUUAAUGUAUGGGAACCCAAAAUACAACAGGCUAAUGAAUUCAGCUUGUCUCAACUGUGGAUAUUGGGAGGUUCGUUUGGUCAAGAUCUCAACAGCAUUGAAGCUGGUUGGCAGGUUAGUCCAGAUCUGUAUGGUGAUAACAACACAAGGCUCUUCACCUACUGGACUAGUGAUGCCUAUCAAGCCACAGGUUGCUACAAUCUCCUUUGCUCAGGCUUCAUUCAAAUCAACAGUGAGAUAGCAAUGGGAGCAAGCAUCUCUCCUGUUUCUGGCUUUCGCAGUUCCCAAUACGAUAUCAGUAUACUUGUCUGGAAGGUAAAAUCCAAGGCCCUCGUAUUCACUUUCAGCUCCAAGUUGAAUAGCUAG